GUGUCGAAGCUUAUUUACACUUAUAUAGGGAUCAAUCUGAAACGACCAGAAUUUAUCUCUGUUUUCACCAGAAUCAUUGUUAUCUUGACAAAGAUGGAAGCUGCAGAUGCAACUCACCCCAAGGAGAAGAAGGACAAGGAACACGCGAAAGAGGCCAAACCGGCAAAGGAAAAGAAGGACAAGAAGGAGAAGAAAGAAAAGAGCAAGGAGGGCAAGGAGAAGAAAGAGAAGGUCGGAGAGGCAACUGACACGGUCAAGCUGAGGGCAAAGCUAGAGAAGAUCGAUGUGAAAAUCGAAGACCUGAAGGCGAAGAAGCAAGAGAUUGUGGCUCGACUCCUCGAGCUGGAGGGUAAGGCAGCAGAGGCUGCAGCACCAGCAAGCGGCUGAGGUUUCGAUGGGUUGUUGCCUUGAGAAGAAUGAAACAGCUUUUAGGCAAUGCAUGCAGCUAGUGAGUGACAUAUCCACAAGUUGGUGCAGGAAUUGUUCUUUUGACUGGCAUAUUAUUGUGCUUUAAUCUUCCUGGAGCUACAUAUUUGCAUCCAGCAUUGCAUGAUAAUCUAGAUUUUGGUGCACACAAGUGUCCAUCUUGUAUCAAAUUCGUGGGAAACUGUGACAUGAAUGUACCUCUUAAAGAUUUUUGGUAUUGGACUUGACCUUUC